AUGAAGUACCUCUACUCGAGCGAGUCCCUGGCGAUCCCUGAGGGCGUCUCCCUCAACAUUAAGGCCCGUGUCGUCACCGUCACCGGUCCCCGUGGAAAGCUUGUCCGAGACUUCAAGCACAUCAACAUCUCCUUCACCCAGCGUCCCGGAAGUCCAGUCAUUGACAUUUCCCUGCACCAUGGCAACCGAAAGAACAUCGCCGCCCUGAGAACCGUCAAGUCGAUUGUCGAGAACAUGAUCACUGGUGUCACCAAGGGAUUCAAGUACAAGAUGCGUUACGUCUAUGCACAUUUCCCAAUCAACGUUGGUGUUUCCAAGAACAACGAAUCUGGUCUCUAUGAGGUUGAAAUCCGUAACUUCAUUGGCGAGAAGAUUGUCCGAAGAGUUACCAUGCACGAGGGUGUCGAUGUUGAGCAGUCCAAGAACGUCAAGGACGAGCUCGUCCUUUCCGGAAACUCCCUCGAAAACGUCUCCCAGUCUGCCGCCGACAUCCAACAGAUCUGCAGAGUACGAAACAAGGAUAUCCGAAAGUUCUUGGACGGUCUGUACGUCUCGGAAAAAGGCAACAUUGUUGAGGAAUAA